GGUAUUUCUUCCUCACGCCUCCCUUCAAUCCCCCCUCUCAAUCUGCAAAAACAGACAUUGUGCAUAUUUGCCAGGCAGAGCAUACUGUGACACUCUUGUGUACGAGUGUUCCUAGUGCCAGUCCACUCUAUUAUUAGGAGACCAGGCGGAGUUGGGGAGUUGGGUUUGGGUUGAACGGGGUUGCUUCUGGCUUCUCUCUUCCUGCUGGUGGUUCUGUUGUUGUCCGCAGCACGAACACAACCCCCCCCCUUCGCCGACACCGGGCCUCAGGUGCACCACCACCAUCUACUCGAGUAUCCGUAUCUUAACAGCAAGCGGCUUGCUCAGCAGGUCUGCCGUCAGAAGGAGGUGUGCGUCAACCAACUACGUCUUUCGGUCCACCACCACCAUCACCGCUACACAUUACCUACUGUCUGCUGCCACCGCCUACUGUGCUGCAAUACUGGGAUUCGGUCCGGGAAGAGGACGCAUAGGCUUGCAACCACCGACACGUCAUCACGAUUGGUUGUUCACUGACGGCCGACCAGCACAUCCCAUAGCUGGCAUCUCAGAUUCUCACCCAGCGUACACCAUAUCAUGUCGGCUUCCCCCUCGAAAGACCUGGAGGGUGAAGUUGGAGUGCAGUCGCCUGACGAACAGGAGCACAUGGAUCAGCCGGAAACUUCUCAACAGCAGCCUGCGUUUGAUUUUGAGGUCAAAGAACAGGACAGAUGGCUACCAAUUGCGAACGUCGCUCGAAUCAUGAAAACCGCGUUGCCGGAAAACGCCAAAAUCGCAAAGGAGGCAAAAGAAUGUAUGCAAGAAUGCGUCAGCGAGUUUAUUUCAUUUAUCACCAGCGAAGCAUCGGAAAAAUGCCAACAGGAGAAAAGGAAGACGGUCAACGGAGAAGAUAUACUCUUCGCCAUGACAUCACUCGGAUUCGAAAACUAUGCAGAGGCCCUGAAGAUUUAUCUAGCCAAAUAUCGCGAAUCGCAAUCUCAGAGGAACCAGUCAGAGGGGGCGCGGGGUGGGAGUGGCGGGUACGGAGGCGGCGGGAAUGCACCACCACCACCAGGCUACCGGAGACCCGAGGGCCCAAAUGCGACGGUGACCUCCCCAAUAGAAGGGGAGGAACACCAGGCUGGUUAUAACGACGUUUAUGGUCACGUCGCCGGGAACGGAGACGGGCCAUACUAGCAGGUCGCUGUUACACGUGCUCGAGGUUGCUGCCAUGGUCUUGAGAGAAAUGAUCAUGGUGGCGGCAUGGUUGGGGUGGGUCUGUAAUUUCUAUUUCCAUUUUUUGGGGGAACGUGGCUUUGUUUGUUUGCGAGGAGUUUCAUUAGGAAGGCCAUUGCACUACACAUAUAACUUUUCUCAACGGGCAUAUUCAUGGUCCGGGAAGGGGGGGAAGCGGAUGUUUUUUGGGAAGGGCUGGUUUUGACAUCUUUCUUAUGAUCCAGUUUCAUAGUUUUUCAUAUAUUUUCCCCUGCUACACAUUUCAUUGUUUCUUUUCCUUUUUAGACUUCCUACCUCUCAUUUGUCGUCAGGUUUUUUCUUAUCCUACAAGAUAUAAUUUCGGGGGGGUUCAUUUUUCUCAUGUUAGCCAGUUAUACUCUUUGACCAUGAGGGCCCCCUCAUUUCAUUUGUUAACCUUUCCCUUUUCUUUUUUCGAUUUGUCCUGGGAGUUGGAUUCAUCUUUGCUGCUCAUUGGGAAUCAGGAAAACCAAAAAAAAAAGAGAAAGAAAGAAAGGAGUUGAGAUCCGAAAGGAGUCAAAAAAAAAUGAGGAAAACAUCAAAAUCAUAUAAAAAAAGAAAGGGUUCGGAUAUAGGUUAGGUCACAAGCUAUCAUACAUUCGCUGUCUAUUUCGUUGGUUUCUUAAUACUUUGCCUUGGGAAGCGUGCAUGUGGGGCGGUGUCGCUCGGUCGGGUGGGUCGAUCAGAUCGGUCAAUUCGGGUCGGGGGCGGGGUUCAUUUUUUCUUCCCUUUUUUUCUUGUCGUUUCGGUUUGGUGUAUGAUAGAAGCUUCUUGCACGCAAACGGAGUCGUUCUCGUUUCUUAUUCCUGUUCUGUCUCUAAUUCCUACUUUGUUGCUCCCCAUUGCUCAUUUUGAGCUUGAUAUUGUUUUCUCCCCUUCCUUUGUGUAUGGAUAACAGGUUUAGGAAACGGUCUUU